AUGCGCGCUCUCAUGGAGACCUGCAGGCGCCUGCCCUUCCUCGUAUUUUUACAGGGUUUACGAUGCCAUUCAAAUCAUGCUUUCGGAAGUGCGGCAAGGCUGGGCUUCAACAUUGUUGGUGGGACAGAUCAGCAGUACAUUUCCAAUGACAGCAGCAUCUAUGUCAGCCGGAUCAAAAAGGAUGGGGCAGCUUACCUUGAUGGCCGAUUACAAGAAGGAGAUAAAAUUUUAGCGGUCAAUGGCAAAGACUUGAAGGAUUUGCGGCACAAGGAUGCUGUGGAGCUGUUCAGGAAUGCAGGCUAUGAUGUGUCUCUGAAAAUUCAGCGCAGGGUGCAACCACAAAAUGGCCCUGUGGGUCAUCAAGGCGAUGAAGAAGCAGGUGGGCUUCCUCUAGCAGUCAUUCUUGUGCCAGGCCUGGCGCUUGCUGCGGUUGAUCCAGCUUUGAAAGAAAAAUUAAAACAGAACACUGUGACACUGGAAUCUGAAUAUGAGAAGCUGGAGAUGUCUGACUUGGAUAACUGGGAAAACAUCAGAGGACCUCGUCUGUGGGAAGAUUCCAGGGCUGUUCAGAAGCAACGGCGAGAGGCUCUCCGUCUCAAGACAGAGUGA